UCUGGCCAUGGACGCGGCGGCGCUAGAGCUGGACGCGGUGAAGUUCGCCCAGCUGGCGGUGCAGAGAGACCAGGGCGGGCGCUACCAGGAGGCGGCCUUUUACUACAAGGAAGCUGCCCAAGCCUUGAUUUAUGCUGGAAUGGCAGGCUCAAACUUGGAAAAUAUUCAAGAGAAGAUAAAUGAGUACUUGGAGAGAGUUCAAGCUCUGUAUUCAGCAGUUCAAUCACAGAACACCGACCCCCUGAAGUCAAAACAGCAAUUGGACCUGGAGCGUGCCCAUUUCCUGGUUACACAGGCUUUUGAUGAAGAUGACAAAGGCAAUGCAGAGGAAGCUAUAGAAUUGUACACAGAAGCAGUGGAACUCUGUUUGAAAACAGCUAAUGAAACUUCAGAUGCAAUCCUUCAAUCAAAACUUAAACAGCUGGCUAGACAAGCACUGGAUAGAGCGGAGGCACUGAAAGAAUCUAUGUCAAAGUCUUCUCAAAAAGACAGACAAACUGCAGCUAAACCGAAUCAGCCAGUCAGAAUGUUCUUCCCAUUGGGACCUGAUUUUUCCUUGAAUGAUAAGCCACAGACAAUCAGAACAGUGCAAGCUAGUGAAUCUCAAGGCCAGAGAUACACCACAGAGGAGAUUGAAGUGCUCAGAAAGACAUCAAAGAUAAAUGGUAUUGAGUAUGUCCCGUUCAUGAGUGUUGACCUGAGGGAGCGUUUUGCCUUUCCAAUGCCAUUUUCAGAUAAAUGCGGCAAGUUACCAUUGUCACCCAAACAAAAGGCAAUGUUUGCCAAGUGGGUGCGGCCAGAUGACCUAACAAAUAACCCUACAAUGAUCUAUACUGUGUCAAGUUUCAGCAUAAAGCAGACAAUAGUAUCAGAUUGUUCUUUUGUGGCAUCACUAGCUAUCAGCGCUGCAUACGAGAGACGGUACAACAAAAAGUUGAUUACAAGCAUAAUUUACCCUCAGAAUAAAAAAGGAGAACCAGAGUAUAAUCCAUGUGGAAAGUACAUGGUAAAACUUCAUAUCAACGGUGUCCCUAGAAAGGUGAUAAUAGAUGACCAGUUACCUAUAGAUCACAGUGGAGAACUCCUUUGCUCUUAUUCCAACAAUAAAAGUGAAUUGUGGGUAUCCCUGAUAGAAAAAGCUUACAUGAAGGUCAUGGGUGGAUAUGAUUUUCCUGGAUCAAAUUCUAACAUUGAUCUCCAUGCACUGACUGGCUGGAUACCAGAGAGGAUUGCUAUGCACUCAGACAAUCAGGCUUUCAAUAAGGACAGUUCUUUCAGAAUGCUCUAUCAGAGAUUUCACAAAGGCGAUGUCCUUAUCACAACAGCAACUGGAGUGAUGUCUGAAGAGGAAGGAGAGAAAUGGGGUUUAGUUCCAACCCAUGCAUAUGCUGUUUUGGAUAUUAGAGAAUAUAAGGGGCUUCGAUUCCUCCAGUUGAAAAAUCCCUGGAGUCACUUACGCUGGAAAGGAAGAUAUAGUGAAAAUGAUGUGAAAAAUUGGACCCCAGGGCUACAAAAAUACUUAAACUUUGAUCCUCGAACAGCUCAAAAAAUAGACAAUGGGAUUUUCUGGAUUGCCUGGGAGGAUCUUUGCCAGUAUUACGAUGUUAUUUAUUUGAGCUGGAACCCAAGUCUUUUUAAAGAAUCAACGUGUAUUCACAGUACUUGGGAUGCAAAACAAGGCCCUGUGAAAGAUGCCUACAGCCUGGCUAAUAAUCCACAGUACAAACUGGAAGUACAAUGUCCACAAGGUGGAGCUGCUGUCUGGGUUCUGCUCAGCAGACACAUUACAGACAAGGAUGACUUCGCACGCAAUCGGGAAUUCAUCACAAUGGUUGUGUACAAGACUGAUGGGAAAAAAGUUUACUAUCCAACUGAUCCUGCCCCAUAUAUUGAUGGGAUUCGGAUCAACAGUCCCCACUAUCUGACCAAGAUAGCGCUGACAUCGCCAGGGUCCCAUACGUUUACACUGGUGGUAUCCCAGUAUGAGAAACAGAACACGAUCCACUAUACUGUCAGGGUGUAUUCAGUAUGCAAGUUUACUUUUACCAAGAUCCCUACCCCAUACACCAUUUCCAAACGGGUUAACGGGCAGUGGAAAGGUCAUAGUGCUGGAGGCUGUGGAAACUUCAGAGAUUCCUACAAAAACAACCCCAUUUACCAAUUUCAGCUGGAGAAGACUGGGCCAUUGCUAAUUGAAUUAAGAGGACCAAGGCAGUACAGUGUGGGGUUUGAACUUGUCACAGUCUCUACAGUAGGAGAGCCUGGUCCCUCUGGCUUUCAGAAGAAGAGCAGUGGUGACUACAGAUGUGGAUUUUGCUACAUGGAGGUGGAGAAUGUACCAGCUGGAGUUUACAAUAUUAUUCCCAGCACCUUCCUGCCUCAGCAAGAGGGUCCUUUCUUCUUGGACUUCAAUAGCGCUACCCCUCUUAAGACAUCACAACUGCAAUGAGAGGGCACGUCUCUACAUUACUUUCUAGGGAAGAAGUCAAGAGCUAGAGCAAUGCCAUCUCCUGAAAACACUGGGGAAAUAUAUCCCUCAACCAUUGACACAAGAUGCAUAAAACUACCUGGAAAAAGUAAUAGCUCAGGGCUUGGGCCACCAAUCUCACUGCAUGAGCCACUUCAGUGUUUGCUCAUGCUUUUUGCUGUGCAGCCAUUAGGGUGAGAACGCUUCAGAAAUUCUGAUUGAUGGUAAAUUUUUGCGUGAAAUGCUUGAAUGUAAAUCUUAUUAAUCAUGUUAACAAAUGGCAGGCAUUAGCUUACUGCAGUUUGGCACCUUAUACCUCAUCAAGUUUUGAAGUCUUUCCUCUCCCCCCAUAGAGGGUAGCUUAGUUCUAACAAUCCUUGCUUAACUUUUACAGUAAACAUUGUAGAGAAAAAGGAGGGGGUUGUGUGUACUGUUUAUUUAGAGCAGGGGUUCUCAAACUGGG